AUGGCCGGCCCCACGGCUGUCAAUAACGCUGGCCCUGCUGCCCUCCCGCCUGUCAUGCAGGCUGCAGCAGAUGCCCGACCUACCGGCGGCAAACCACGAACGACGCGAACCUCGAUUCCUACGCCCUCAGGAACAUGGAUCCUUGGUCGCACCGUGGGACAGGGCUCCAUGGGCCGCGUGAAACUCGCCCGCCGAGAAGACGGAACUGAGCAGCUCGCCUGUAAAAUCAUCCCGCGAGGCUCUACCGAGGAUGGUCACCAUAGUCGCGCAGACAAGGAGAGAGCAGAUCAAUCCAAGGAAAUCCGAACUGCGCGCGAGGCUGCCAUUGUCACUCUCCUCCAACAUCCCCACAUCUGUGGACUACGAGAUGUGGUUCGCACCAAUUAUCAUUGGUACAUGCUCUUCGAGUAUGUGAACGGGGGACAGAUGCUCGACUACAUCAUCUCCCAUGGAAAGCUGAAGGAGAAACAAGCAAGGAAAUUCAGCAGACAAAUUGCCAGCGCUCUCGACUACUGCCACCGGAACAGCAUAGUUCACCGCGACCUAAAGAUCGAGAACAUCCUCAUCAGCAAGACUGGCGACAUCAAGAUAAUCGAUUUCGGACUGAGCAAUCUCUUCUCACCCGGCGGCCAUCUGAAGACCUUUUGCGGCAGUCUGUACUUUGCCGCUCCCGAGUUGCUCCAAGCGCGCGCGUAUACAGGCCCCGAGGUUGAUGUCUGGAGCUUCGGUAUCGUGCUAUACGUCCUAGUUUGUGGCAAGGUCCCUUUCGAUGACCAGAGCAUGCCGGCCCUACAUGCCAAGAUCAAGAAAGGGGCUGUGGACUACCCUGGCUGGCUAUCUAAUGACUGCCGCCACCUUCUGUCACGCAUGCUUGUUACGGAUCCUAGACAGCGGGCGACCAUGUACGAGGUCCUAAACCAUCCUUGGCUAACGAAGGGCUACGGUGGACCGCCCGAGAACUACCUUCCCCCUCGAGAGCCACUGACACUUCCGCUGGACCCAGAGGUCAUUAACGCCAUGACUGGUUUUAACUUUGGGGCCCCUGAGGGGAUCAAGGCUCAACUCACCCGAAUGGUUGAAUCCGAGGAUUACAAGCGGGCUAUACAACUUUUGCAGAAGGAGAGGGAGUUGCCGCAACCAUCGAAGGAUGUGGAGAAGAAGCGUGGUUUUGGCUUCGACUUCUACAAGCGACAUAACUCUGCGAAUAGUCGAGACAACCUAACCGCCCCGAGCGCGGAGGCCAUUCAGCUUGGCAGCGAUCCUCUCAAUGCCUAUAGCCCCUUACUUUCUAUUUACUACCUGGUUAAGGAGAAGCAGGCUCGCGACAAGGUGGAUGCCGUGCCAAAAUCACAUACCCCUAAGAACGCUGCCGACUCACCAAUGCCUGAGAUUGCGCCACCUCCUCAAGCACAUACGAACACCGCAGCUUACGAGAUGGCAGGGGAGAAAGCCACGGGUGGAAGGACGAGGGCUCGCGCCAGGACUCAUGGGGAAGAUGACGCCCCUGACGACGUGAAGAAAGCACAGCUAUCGCCUAAUUUGCCUGCUGCCCCAGGCAUCCCAGCUGACGCGCCGGCGAAGAAGUCGAGUGCCGCAGCAGGUAUCCUUCGACGUUUCAGCACAAGGCGUCGCAAAGAGCCUGAGAGACAGGACAAGGAUCGGUCUCACCCACCAGUGGUCCAGGUCCACUCACCGGCCGAGAAUACAGUAACACCCCGCAAGAGUUUCAGCAUACGGAAACCCAGACGUGAUCGAGAUGAGCCCGAAGGUUCAAGGUUACGGUCUGGCAGCAGUCAACCUCAACACCGCGAUCUCCUCAGCCCGCCGCUAUCCGCCGGUGACAAUGCGCCCGGAAGCAAGAAAGGUCUGGGACGGUCCACAAGCGUGAAUUCGGGGGAUUAUAGUAGAAGAAGACCAUUUGGAUCCACCAGCAGAAUUCCCAAAGAACCGCCGCCCACGAGUGGCUCUGACCAGUCCACGGCUACCGACAAACCAGUGCCAGAACAGAAGAGCAAGUUGAACACGCGGGGCACCUCAAUGCAAGCAAGGCCGCUGGGACAUGCUAGACGGGAAAGCAUCCAAGCCAGGAGGGCUCGAAGAGAGGGAGCCCGAGCGACUGAUGUCCCCGAAGAGACGGACCAGGACGUUGGCGAGACAAGUGGAAAUUCAGCAGAUCGUCUAGAUGACUCGGAAUUGGCCAAACCGGUUUUCUUGAAGGGCCUGUUCAGUGUCUCGACGACGUCUGGCAAGUCAGUGCCGGCAAUCCGGGCGGAUGUCAAGCGGGUGCUGAAGCAGCUCGGUGUCGAGUACACAGAGAUCCGCGGGGGUUUCGCUUGUCGCCACACACCUAGUAUCGAUCUGAAGAAAGUGGCAGAUAUGCCCGGCAGUCCCGCACCAGUUUCGGGCCACCACCGUCGGUUCAGUUUUGGCAUUAGGAGCGAGCGUGAACGGGAGGAGCUGCGGGAGUUUGACCGGGCGCCACCCACGCCGCGAACUCCCGGGAAGGGACCGGCGGACAGGAGUGACUCUACAUCGGAAAUUUCCGAGCAAGAAAGCAUCCACCGGGAUCCCCCUGGGUCCACAAGGAGAGUGCCCGGUGAGACGAUGACCCACGUGCAGAGCGACCUAGGAGGAAACAUGAUCCUCAAAUUCGAAAUAAUCAUUGUCAAGGUUCCGCUGCUCUCGUUGCACGGACUAACGUUCAAGCGCAUAGAGGGAAACACGUGGCAGUUCAAGAACAUGGCCGAUCAAAUACUUAAGGAGUUACGACUGUAG